CCAACCAGUGUCUCUCAGAACUUGAUGGAGGCCAUGGCAGAUAUCCCUACAGUAUUAAUAAGUCCCUCUCUGCCUUCCCCACAAUGUUCUCAAAGCUAAACUUCUAAUCUCGAAUCCAAAAACAGAAAACCAGUUCCUCAAUAUUAAUAUUAGGAUCAAAGGAAGAAUAUAGCUGAGAGAGAGAUGGAGAUCGUAUCCACCAAGUGUGAGUGCUGUGGACUAAAUGAAGAGUGCACUCAGGAGUAUAUCAGUGAAGUGAAGGCAAAGUUCAAAGGGAAAUGGCUAUGUGGUUUGUGCUCGGAAGCAGUAAGAGACGAAGCUGGUGGAGGGAAACCGUUUGAGGUGGAUGAGGCGGUGAAAGAUCAUAUGUUAUUUUGUCGAAAAUUUAAAUCGAACCCAGCAGUUCGAGUUGUGGAUGGAAUGAAGCAGCUGCUUAGGAGAAGGUCACAACCGAAGCCACCUUCUUCGAAGAAGUACUCGAGAACAGCAGGCGCUUCACAAGUGGGACAUGAGUCAUCCUCCUUCCAUCACUAGCCAGUUACAACUCAAAAGGAGAACUCUUCUUUUUAUUUUGUAAUUUUAAGAUAGUGUUUGGGAGGAUGGAUUUCGAAAACCUUGGAUUUAGAUUUAGGUGGAUUUCAACAGAUUUUAAAAUAAUUUUGUAUUAUAUAUUAUAAAAUUUAAUAUAACUCCAAAUUCAAGUUCUAUCUAAUAAGAAUUUUUUGUCGCUUAAA